AUGGAAUUCUUAUCUAUUUUUGUGGAAAAAGUCACAGGUUGCUUGAUGCAGCCAAUUGUGCGAGGGAUUGGGUAUUUAUAUUACUACAAGAGUAACAUCAGAUGUAUGGAUAAAGAAUCUGAGAAGCUGAAGAAUAUCAAAAGUGAGGUGCAAGAAAGAGCGAAAGUUGCCCGGAGAGACUUAAAACGCAUUUCAUGCAAUGGCGAGGCUUGGUUAUCUAGUGUUGAUACCACUACUGAACAUGUGGAAGCUUCACGUUACUCGAUAAGCAGAAGAGCUGAGAAAAUUACACUGGAGUUGAUUGAACUUCGAAAUGAAAGCAACAAGCCUGAUGUAAUCUCCUUUGAUCGUCCAGUUCGAAGUGAGGCUAUACCUAGUAACAAUGGUGAGGUGUUUGACUCCAGAAAAUUGAAAGAAGAAGAGGUCAUGGAAGUUUUGAAAGAUGAAGGGGUCACUAUGAUUGGGAUAUGUGGUCUAGGUGGUGUUGGUAAGACAACACUGGCUGAGAAAAUCAGACAAAAGGCGAAACAACAAGGGUUGUUCAAAGAUGUCGUUAUGGUAACUGUCAGUCAACAACCAGAUUUGAAAAAACUUCAGGGUCAGAUCGCAGAAGAACUCAAGCUGAAAUUAGAAGGGGAUAAUCGGUGGAGUCAUGGAGAUCGGCUGCGUACAAGGUUAAUGGAUCAGAACAGCCACAACCUUAUAAUCUUGGAUGAUGUUUGGGAGGCGCUUCAUGAUCUAGACAAACUUGGAAUUCCCAGCGGUAGCAACCACAACCAUCGGUGCAAAGUGAUAUUGACGACGCGAUCCCGAAAUGUUUGUGAAGUAAUGGAAGCUAAGAAGAUCAUUGAAGUUGGAACAUUAUCUGAAGAGGAAGCAUGGUGCCUUUUCAAGGAGAAAGCUGGUGAUUCAGUUGACGUUCCAUCUAUUCAUGGCACAGCAAAAGAAGUUGCCAAAGAAUGCAAGGGGUUGCCACUUGCAAUUAUUAUAGUUGCAGGAACACUUAAGAAUAAAACCAAGCCUUAG